ACCUGAUCUCCGUCCGUUACCAGCACCUUCCUCGUCAUGCUGCGACUUGGCAGAUCGCUGGGUCAGCGUCGACGUCUAUCGUUCUACACAGCGGAAUACGUGGAAGGCGACACAACACACAAAUCUGGACGCGUGCUUGGGAGGGUUCUCGAGCAUGCGGUGAAUGUGAAGCGGCUUCGGCCUGGUGAUACCAUUCGCAUUCCCUAUGAGGUUACGGUCGGAUAUGGGCUGCGGGACUUUUGGCAGGCUGCUUUCUCGACGCACGACAGGAUCAACACAUCCACGCCUUUCGCAAGAUCGUUGGGGCUUCAAGAUCAGGUGCUGCCGUUCUCGCUCAUGCUCUUCCUGUCUUCAAGCAUGUCGCACGUGGAAGCCGCGAUGACACAGGUGGCGUACCGGAACGCCAGGUACCUGUGGCCCGGCUUCGCAGGGGACACGUUUACCAAGGCGUUCGAGAUCAAGGGUAUCCGCAACACGAGCGACAAGGAGAGAAGCACCUACGACUUCACCUGCCGCCUAGUGAACCAGCGCGGGAAGGUGUGCAUGGAGUGCGACAGGACAACGAUGUUUCCCUUCUUCGCCCCGCCUAGCCCGAGGGACUCCACGGCGACGCCGGAGGAGCAGCCGCCUCCCAAGCCUGCGGACAGGCUGCGUGACCACGUGGUGAAGCAGUCGGAAAAGCUGGCCGAGCUGGGAGGGCAGACGCUCAGACGGUUCAGCGCGGGGCAACUGAUCAUCCACACCCCAGCACGCCCAAUCUCAAGGACCCAGUCCAUGGAGCUGUCCAGCCUGGCCCGUCUGACCCACUCGCGGCACUUCGACACGGUCAAGCACGGCGAGGACGGGCUCGCCAUCCCUGCGGGAUUGAUCGUUGCUCUCGCCACGUCCCUGUCCGCGAGAGAUCUCCACGAGGUUCUCCACGAGGAGCUAAUGUACGCCAACUUCAUCAACCCGUUCCGUCCCGGCGACGCCAUGACCUCCAUCACUUACGUGCAGCGGGUGGAACAGCACCCCAACGGAGUUCUCGAGAAGCUCAGGGUUCGAACUAUCGGCAUCAAGGACAUCCUUACGGACGACCUCACGGGCAUGCCUCUUCCUCUCGAGCUGUUCGUGGACGAAGGUCUCCGUACGAAGGGUGUGGAACAAAUCUGUCGGGAGUCCUGUCCCGAACUUUGCGGCAAGAUCGUUGUCUUGGCGGAGCGUGAAGUCAUUCGGCAGGCGCCGAAGACGGACGUCUUCCUUCUGUAA